UGUAUUGCGUACACUUGUUGGGACAGCAUUCUGAGUGAUGUCAUCAUGGGAAUGGUGGUGAGGAAAUAUAUAUGUCUAAUUGCUAUAUAUUCUGUUAUAUAUCACGUUUGCCUUGAUUUUGCAACUGCUACUUCCAAGAUCUUAAUGUUUGGAGAUAUUGAAUUCUAUUUUGAUGACACAUACAUGAAAUUUAAUGAACUAAAAACUCACUGUGGUAGUAAAGGUUACGUGAUGGCUUACAUCGAAAAUGUCGAACAAAAUAACUUCAUAGCCGCAAACUUGAUGAAUCAAGAUCCAAUAAUAUUAGGUAUCAGGAGACAGAACGGAGUGUGGAUAUGGGAUGCAAACAGACAACCGGCUGAUUUCACAGCUUGGAAGGAUGGUCAAAUUCCCGUCAGUGGCAACAACGAUUAUGCGUAUUUAGAAAAAGAGGCCCACUGGAUAUCAUCGGAUAUAGAUACAGAGAAAUAUACCUGCUGCAGAAAAAUGAACGUUACGACGACAACAGCUGCUGUCACCACAACUAUAGGCCUACAUACAACUAUGGAAUUCACUACCGCUAUCACAACUCCUGCACUCUUCACUACUGCUACCGCUACCACCAUUACUACCACCCGCACAACUCCCACCCCCAGUAUCACUACCAUUGCAGCAAUAAACCAGAAGACAAACCAAAUGAACGUUACGACGACAGCAGCUGCUGUGACCACAACUAUAGGCCUACAUACAACCAUGGACUUCACUACCGCUAUCACAACUCCUGCACUCUUCACUACUGCUACCGCUACCACUAUUACUACAACCCGCACAACUCCCACCCCCGGUAUCACUGCCAUUGCAGAAAUGAACCAGAAGACACACCAAAUUGCUGGAACUAUCACAUCUAAAACAGGUUGUAUUCACGUGUGUGUUGAAGAGACACCGGAAGUAUCCGAUGUUAAUCUGACAUCUGACCCUAAUAGCGUCACGUUCUCUACAUCAGUUGUUGUUGGUUCACUUAAAGAAGACGGACCAUUCAAACUGGUUGCAAGUCUGGAAUUGCUUUAUGAUUUCACACUGGAAACUAUCAAUGGAAAUGAGUUGCCAAGCGCUUCUGAUAUCGUAACCAUUGACAUUCAUGACAGAAAUCAGAAUGAAAUAAGUAUCAACUGUAAGAUCUUCUUUCCAGUUAUUAAGGUUGUUUCUACAGAAAAUAAUUCGGACGUGAAUAUCAUUCCAGCAUGUCACUACAAACACGAUAUAAAUGACAAAUCAGCAUUUUGGUCAACGGAUGGUUGUGUGACAGUCUAUGGCAAUGAUUAUAUGGUUAGCGGAGUGACGUGUAUAUGCAAUCAUAUGACGUCAUUCGUCAUUCUGAUGAAACCGAAACAGAUAAAUAACAAGGCUUUGUCAGUGUUUACGACCGUUGGAGUUUCAAUUUCAAAUGUUUUUCUUAUCAUCACUCUCGUUAUAAUCUGUUGUUUCAAAGAUUUGAGGAACUCAGACCGGUACAGAAUUUUGCGCCAUUUGGUCACUGCUCUACUCUGUGCCAAUUUGUUCUUUUUGCUCCUGGAGGUUGAUGUAAAGAACUCAAUGGCAUGCAGUCUUCUUGCCGGGUGCUUGCACUACAGUCUCUUGGUAGCUUUCUCGUGGAUGUUGAUCAUGUCAACAGACGUAUACAUGAAGAUCAAACAUCCGUUUGCUGACCAUGACAGGCGCUUCUUGUACAGUCGAUACAUUGGUUGGAUUGGACCCAUCAUUGUCGUUGGGACGACUGUUGGUAUAACAAGACAAAAUUACGCAUCUGAUAAGUGUUGGUUAGAUAUUGGAUCGGGAGCCAUAUGGGCGUUCGUUUCUUUUGUGUGUCUCACCCUUCUGAUUGUCCUCGUACAGUUGGUGGUUAUUGGCUUUAUAACCUUCAAGAAAUCUCAACUACCGAACCAAACUGGACAAGAAAUGAAAAAUUACAAACGAAUCAGAACCCUGCUUAGUGGUAUACUGCUCCUUACACCAGCCGUUGGACUUUCGUGGAUUUUCGGUGUCAUUAUCGUCUUUUGUGAUUGGGAAGCGUUUAAAUACAUUUAUGUCAUAUUCAACUCCAUGCAAGGAUUCUUUAUCUGGCUGUCGCAAUGCGCCUUCAGUAAAGAGGUGCGAAAGGCACUGAUUAAGAAGUUCAGCAAUCAAAUAAGUCAAGAAAGUACCGCAAUGGAGCUUCGUAACAUCGCAGAGUAGGUCUAAUCAGGCCUUUGAAGAUCACAGAAUGAUGCUAAAUCCAAACACAGUUUGAUUCAUUGGCUACGAAUCCACAUAUAUCUCAUCAGCAAAAUCGAUACAAUGUCAGCUACCACCUUGUUAAAUCGAGUGAUAAAAACAUUAUCAAUGUAAUAUUCUGUGUUUUAUAUUGCAAUACGUACUAACGUAUUAUCUUUAAGCUGAUGUGUUAGUAAAUUUCUCCAGAUAUUCAUCUUUUACAAUAAAUAUGUUAAAUUGAAAAACGAAUCUUGCUUGUUCAAAUAUCUUACAAUUAAAGAAAAUAGUGCCUUAAUGCUGAAAGUUAUAAAAUUAUACGAAUAAUGGUUGUAUAUGUCAAGGAUUACAUGUAAGCCCUAUAUAUCACGUCUAAUGUUAAAGCUUCAUAUAUUGAAGGAGAUGAGCAAACUUAUGUACAGUAUUUAAAUAUUUAGGUGUCAGACAAUCUGGAAGAAACUUUUCUAAUAAUAGUCUUCAACAUUUAUCAAGGAUGGAGAUGUGUACUCUUUGUUAGAGAUUUUUUAUUAUUAUUUUAUUAUGGGGGUUUAUAUUAACUAUUUUACUGGUUCUACUUACAGUUUCAGCAUGGAUCUACAAUAGGUCCAUGGUUUCAGGUGUUAUUGUUGGAGGGAAUAUGCACAACUAUCAUUAUGUUAAGGGCCUUGUUAUAUUUGUGGAUGUUGUACGUUAUUCUAGGGUGUACGUGAGCCUUGAACUAUUAUCUGUUUAGAGUUUUAGGAAGGCAAUUACAGUAAUAUAAGUUAUGAUGUCAUUCAAAGUUUGUAAAUAACAUACUUAUGUUAGCGUAAAUUUGUAUUUGUAUAUAUCAUUACCAUUUUCGCAUUGAAUAUCUUCUCACAAUUACGACGAAAGCAAAGAAAUAGUUUGAACGAUUGAAAUAUUUUGGCUAAUGUCGCACUUUUCAUUUGAAUAUAUACACUCUUAACCGGCUGGAGGCAAUGCUAUAAUUAUAGACCUACUUACAAUUUGAAUAUUAAAGAUUUUUUGGGCUUUUAACAGUGCCAUGUGUCAUUACAACUAUGUCCCACGUCGUGUCAUUAAAACUGUGUCACACGAUUUUAUUAAUUGUGUCGUAUCACCCUUGCAGGCAAGUAAUUGCCACGCCACAAAAAGUGAUGUGAAAUUAAAGUCAGAUAGUAUUACGGUUUUAUGAACCCACUAUCAAUUUCGUUGUCGUUUUUAUACACAUCAUAAUUAUAAUAAUCAUUGUAUGGCAAACGCCAAAUUUAAAUAUUUGACAGUUUAUUUGAGAACCCAAGCAGUUAUCAACUCUUUUAUUGUUUAUAUUGCCAUGAUUGUGUGAUUUGACGGCGUUAUUAAAGUAAUUAACAAGUUCAUAUUCAUUCAAAAACAACACUUUUUCGUGACGCCAGGACGUAUGUAAACCACAUGACAUCUUCUUUUAAAAUAAAGAUGGAACGAUGCCCAACUAAGCGUAAUUUACAAAAAUUUUAACUAAAUUUAUUGUAACUAAAACUUCUCUGUAUCUUCUAUUGGUUAUUUAAUUGCAAUACCACUUGUUAAUCUAGUUUGUACUUGUAUUUGAGUGAUUUCCAGAUACUGACAUUUCUGAUUAUCAUGAAGGAUCGAACUUUUGUGCAUUAUGAUUAGUUUUUG